CCGCGUGUGUCGUCAUGCUGUUAACGCCCGUUACGCCCCCUCGCGUUCAGUGUUGUGGAUAAAGUUGGUUCGCAGUCCGCCGGUGAUCAUGAUCGCGAGCGUGAUGUUUUACGCGCUGUAUCCGCUCUCGAGGCUCAUCGGCAGAGUUUCAGAAUUGUGGUGCAAGGCGCUGUACAUUAAUGGCAACGAGGUUUGGGAUGGUGGCGGUGCUCUUUCUGGACAGCAGCAGUCAGGCCUGUUACUGCAGUGGAACAGCACGGGAAACACAGCAUCUGCUCCAGAUCCAGACCACAGGGACACUGAGAGUCCUCACGGAGCGCCGGGAGAUCUACUGGACGACUGUGAGCUGAAAAAGACACCAGAAGAGUUGAACAAGGAGGAAAUGCACGAAGACGUGCACAAACCACUGCAUUACGUCUAUCAGAUGGAAGCUCCUGCAGCAUCUUUGUGUGAUGGAAACACUGGUGUGAGAGUGUGUCGGCAGUCAGAGAGGAUAGACAGUGACGUAAACCUCUCAGAAUCAGCGCUCAGGGGUUUAGAAGAAACAGAUGAUGGAGAUCCUGUGAUGAAUGAGUCUGUGUUACCCAAUAUUGAAUAUCAGAGUCACUCAGACAUUGAUUACAUGCUCUGUGCAUUCAACCAGCUUGAUGCACAUGCAGAAACAGACUGUGAGGUGGAUUCAUGCAUGUCAAAUAGACUCACUCAACCCAGCGCUGACAUCUUCCUGGGGUUUGAUUCUGACGCUGGGAAUGAAGCCCUUGGCAGCCCAGUGUUUGAUUUGGCAGCUUUGCUUGCAGACUCUCAGCAGAUUCAGACACCAGCGGAGCCCAUCGGCUGGCACUUUCCCGUAGGCCUCGGGCUGUCACAGAUGUGUUAUUGCCCUUAUACGUGA